GUUUCGUCGCUUUGCAGUAUCGUUUAUAGCGCCGCCAUUUAAUUCACGAAACGGCUAUUUACUGCCUUAAACCAACAAUUAAUUGUUCGGCGCAACGCGUUUAAAUGAAGCGGCACUCAGCUCGAUCCGCGCUUCAUUAUUCUUCUGCUUUUUACCUGCCCGGUGCGUGCGUCAGCCAAUCAGAGCCAAGAACGCAACGGAACUUUGUCGACUGUCUACAUUUGGCCCGCAGUUGGAUUUUACAUUAGUACUUGUGAGGAGGUUCUUCCGGGCCGAAUCUAUAUUUAAGAGAAGCAACUCUGCCAACGUAUUCAUUCUUAGAGUGCAACUCCAGAGAGGAAAGAUGUAUUCACUUACCACCACUCUCUUUCUGAUCACGCUACUACGAGCUCCACGAUAUAUGCUCGCCGACUCCUCUGUUCUACCGUCCGAGGCAAGCCCGACCAAAUCGCUCGUAUGGGAACGACGAAUCAACGCAAGCCUGUUGCUGUUACAGAACAAACCAUGCAAGUUCUUCAUGUCAAAUGGCAACUGUACACAGCUGAGAUCUCGACCGAGAAGUGCUAUGAACUUAUACACGGCUAGUGCUCAAAAUGCCAAACUAAUAGCUGUUUCGCCAGAUAAAAUCAAGCUUGUCCCAACUUCCUACGAAGCUGUCCUGGUAAUCGAUCCUUACCCAGAAGCAAGUUUUGGUCAUCCAGUUUUAGUUUUCUUCACUGAAAUCUCAAGUACUCUUACAGACUGCAAUAGUAACAAAAAAUCUACCUUCACUCGUAAGUUUUACUAUCAAAUUAUAUUACUUUGCAUUUGUCUGUAAAUUGAUGUCUCCAUUUCUCAUUUCAAGUUAUUCGCAUGCAUUUUCCAUUCAUUUUGUUUUAAUUUUUGGAGGUGCAAUACAUAUUUGUUGGAUAAGUGUCGCGGCCAUUGGUCGGUUCAUUGGACUUGGGCAAUUAAAGCAUUAAUGAUUGUAAAACAAUAUUAGCGCUAUUCAAAAAUUAUCACGGUGACUUUAAAGAAAAGUGACAUAUAUUUGAUUCCUGCUAUUCAAUUUUCUGGCGGAUCUUUUGUGCCAACAGCGUUACCCGCCAGAAAUUGUCACAAGCAAUGAAAACCUAAUUUGAUGGAAUCAAUUAAGUCAGUUAAAUCGUGUCUAUUGGAGAUAUUGAUCAGUUUGAGAAUGUAGAAUACAAUACAGUGAGAGCGUUUUUGCCUUAAUUUAGUAUCUUCCUUCAUAAUUCCAGUGCAGCAGCCACUUUUUAUUGUACUGUCGUAGACGAAAUUUAUAUUUUGGGGGCCUUCGCGACCAUGUUCUCGUAUUACAGUAUAAGUAACAUGUGAAUAUUAUGUGAAUAAUAUGUCAAACCUUUACACCUUUUUGGUCGUGCUUAAAAUAUUUUUUGAGACUGCCGUUCUGAAUUUUAAGCUAUCUUUAAUCUAUCUUUAGUAACGCCAGUAUAACGGUUACUUAUUGAAUUUCUGUUUCUUUUAAAUCGAAUAUUGCAGUGCAUUGCCAUUGGCAACAUAGACAACAUACUGUAUCAGCUGGUAGCUUGUAGCUUUGAGUCCGAAAAGCACGUAAUGCGAAUUUCGUCCGUGACUCUAAAAUUUCCCCCUUUUUAUUUUUGGAAGACGGAGAGUGUAUUACGAUAGCUCAAAAAAGUCGUCGCUGCACGAACCGACUGCAAGAUCGAAAACGAAAGAGACGUUGCGACAUCAAUUUCGUUCCGUCGGUAUUCACGAAAGAAGAAGGCCGACAUGGCACACAAUUGUUGCAAUGCAAGUCCAAAAUGGCAGGUUUUGCCAAAUGUCCUACCUCCCUGACCGUACAUCCACUAGAUGAGAAAUGUUUGAACACAAAACGAUGUGCUAUCACACCGAAGUCAAUCAGACAACGACAUUGUACUGCUACGUGUGACUACGCCGUGUUGCUGUCAGGAGGUUGGAAUACAUUCACAGCUACAACGAAGUCGAAAGACAAUGUCAAGUUGAUGUGGAGAUAUUUGAGAAACAAUCGUUUCAAACAUGAAAAUAUUGUGACUUUCGUUGGAGACCGAUACUCUGUUGAACGUAAGUAACAUCUUUGUAACAAAAUUUUAGUCUUGCGUAAUUAUGCUAGCAAAGUGAUCAUUAUACGCUAAAUAUUAUAGGCCUAGUAUGUCGUUCUGGAAACUUCUAAAGCUAUAGUCGUUUAUACGGUGACUUCAGUUAAGCCUUUUAUCUCUUACUUGAAAAAGUAGCUAUAUUGAGUAUUGAUUUUUCGUGAUUUCACUGAACUAGCUUAAUAUCCACAUUUAUUAUAGUUGCUACAUUUUCUGAUUUGAUCGACUGAACGGAUCAAUAAAUAUAUCGAUAAACUCUCGACUAAUCACAGAAUAAAAUUUUGCUCACGGUCCACUUGCAUUUCCCAAGCCGAAUAGUCACCGACCUUUUUUAUAAGGAAAUGAAAUACUAGUGAAGUACUGAUUUCCAUAUAUGAUAGCCUACAGGAUAGCUUAUGACUACAUCUAUAACUCUCGCUUGAAACUGCAGGUUUAAGAGGGGAUAAGCUUACUGCUUACAUAUUUAAUAGCUCAGAGCAGCAUCAAUUGUAGAUAUAAAAGCACAAACAAUUUUCAAGCUGUUUCUAUUUGGAUUUCUAUAUACAGUCUAUAUGCAAUACACUUGCUUUUUAGGGGCCGGGUUGGGUGACCUCAUAUUAAUUGGCGGUAACUUUAACUUAAUCGAAUCAAAUUUUGACCUUUGUUUUCUUGACUAGUGACUUGUGACCCGAACAAUACACCAGGUGAUAAGUCUUGUGCUUGAUUCAAGUUAAGGCUGGUUGAACGGAGAUAAAAUCUCGCCGCUAUUACUGUAGUUUAAUGAUAGAUUUGUUUUAAGGACGAGAUUAGCGGCUGUAGAUAAUGUGCAAACUCCUCCAGAGGCUGGCCGCUCGUAAUAAACGACAAACUAGAAAUGCAAAGAUCAGGCAAUCAAAAUAAGCGACACUUAAUUAAUGUCCCUAUAAUGCACGAGGCAUUAUCUUGCGAACCGCUUUGUUUUCUCACAUUAUUAUAUUUGCACUUGCAAAAUGCAAUCUCUUUAAAGCGAGGCGAAAACUCGAAUCAAACGUAGCACGAGCUACCGACAAAUAGCGCACAAAUUUUACUACUGAAAGCGGCAUGAUUUACACUAAAGUUUAUCACUUGUCGGACGCAAUUAGUUUAUUGACAUAAAAAUUUACUUGAAUACUUUCAGGUGCAUGCAUGGCGAAGAGACGGCGUCUGAAAUAAUAACCUUCUACUUUCCUGCUGCUAAAACGAGAGUUUAACUGAACAAAAUAUGUAUAUCUAUUUCGAAAGAGACCUAAUGUAUAAAAUAAUCUGGCGUGGUGUUUGGGCCAUGAUUGGGUAAAAAAACCAUCAUUCAUAAUGGCCCUUUUUUGGUGAUGUUGAAACCAAAAGGGCUUGACCUUUGACGUGUACCAGAUGUAUUAUAGGGAAAUGGGAAAUGUUUGACGCGCUAAGUUGCAUGUUUGAAAAUAUUUAGAUUUAAUCUAGUCGGAGUCUUUGCAUCACACCCCGACAUUUAUUUAUCGCAUUCCAACCAUUAAGCGAUAAUCGUUCUGACUGUUUCCCUUUCAUGAUGGGUGUGUGUUUAUGUCUGGGUGACAUCCGAAAUACCAAGGGCAAGGUUUCGAAAUCUGAUAAAGAAUUAAAUACUAAAUACGGAUACAAUUCUGCAUACAACUGUAAAGUCCAUAAGAUCGUGAACAAGUUUUAAUGUGGUUCAUCAUUAAAAUUUUUGAAUUACGAAACUUUCAAUCCAGGGGUUUAGUUUGAGUUCGUUUCAGUAUAGGUGCACCUCGAGCAAAUAAUAAGCAAUUCAGUAUGGUGCUAAACGUUUUUCACCUUUUGGUGUUUUAUGUUAAAACAUACAUACUAUUCUCACUUUGUUGAGAAAACACUUAUAUAUGCUGUGGGCCAACUAAGCCUGCAACUUUGCAGAUUAUUUUCAAAUAAUUAAUCAGUGGCGUGCUGGCCGGGGGGCCACGGCACCCCCAGCUGGCAAUUUUUGAGGGGCGCAAAAAUGAAAAGGGGGCGCCGAUCCCGCGCCGAAUUUUGAAAGUAAGUGGGAAGAAACGCAUUCGUAGAAAUAUAGUAACUAAUUCCGCCAAGGAAAGAUGUGUUUAUACACUUAUAAACAGACUAAGCGCAUAGGCGACAAAGUGAGUGAGUAUAUUAAAUUGCAGACUAUUUUGUCUAAUUGUAUUUGCUAGCUCACGACUCACACGAAAUCACUCGUUCAUAUAGAAACAUGAUCAGUGAUCACAUGCAAUGUCUCAUUACCGGAAUAUUGAUCAGGCUUCGAAGCGAUCACGGGAAUCAUGCAUAUGCGUGGGGUCCGUGUGUUAUUGUAUAAAAGAUCUGUAAGUUGUAAAUGAAUUCAGAUCAGUAGAGAAUAAAAUUGGGAUUAGAUUAAUUGCUGGAAGUAGUUAGCAUUGCCCAAUUUAAGUGCUACUACUAAAUUCUAACCAAUUUUCAAAUUUCGACACGUUGUAAUGCCGUUUCCUGACCAUCAGAUUUCUGUCAAAUCUUCCCCCAAAGUCCAGGAAAUGGCAUUUCAGAGACUCUAAAUUCAAAAAUUUUCCCGGGGGGGCAUGCCCCCGGAUCCCCUAGACAAACCUCGCACCUGUGGCGCUCGGCUCGUGCCUUCGGCCCUCGUUUAUCAAGGGUAAUAUUAUAGGGGCGCAUAUUAGUUGCCAGCCGACUGCCCCCCCCCAGAAAAAUAGUACCCAGCACGCCACUGUAAUUAAUAUAAUGGAAUUCUUUAUGAAAUAUACGGUUAGAGUGCUCAAUAGAGCAAAUAUAUAUAGUUGGUUUACCUCAAAUCUUCACUACUGUCAAUUUCACCCUAAAUGGGAUAUUAAUACCUAUUAUAUGGGCCGGAUCUUAGAAUGGAGUCACCUGAAAAUCCCAAAAUUCCCAUGCAGAUGAAACCAACUGUAGUGAAGAUUUUGAAAUAAAUUAAUAUAUUUUUCAUGAAUUAUAUGUACUGCAUUUGCAGGAUUAUUAAAUGAGAUAUUUAUUUUUGUAUAUAUAGCUUUGACGAACAUUUCAGGUCAUGACUUUUAUGAAAAUGUCUGUCUUGUCUGGUAUUUUACUAUUGAUUUUUUAAUCAGACCUUAUACGAUGACGUGGGAUUUUUGAAUGAUGUUUUACAAUGAAAAAGGGCAUGCGCCAUUGUUAAGUGGAUUUUGAACAAAACUCUUAUAUCCACGAUUUUGUACCGGUGGAUCAAUUCCGAAAUGAUCUUCCAUUUGCUCCUAAUGUUUCAGUUUAAUCCCAACCAUGAUAAAGUUAAUGGGAGCGUGUUGAUUUACCUAAGCCUCUUAACUAAGAUCUUAAAUCGAUAAACUAACAGUUUAAAAAUGUUUAGAAUGCUGUAAUGGAAAAUUUUUAAAGCAACCCGCCAACCCUAUUAGGGUUGCUUAAAGAUUUAAACUUUUAGAUCUGCAAUUAAUGAUUAUAGGCCCAUAUGAGCCAUGACACAAAUUUUGAUCAAGUCACAUGAUCAAUUCCUAUGGCUAUGCAUAGCAAUCAGCAGACAACUAUAAGAACUGAAAUUCCGUUUGGUAUUUACCACUGGUAUCUGCCGGUUAUUAAAUUACUUUAUUAGUUGUCUGGCCAAAACCAUGCUAUAAAAACUUCACAGCAAACAACAGCUAAAUCCAGCAAAGGCGCCAGAAGUGUUAAUGUUAAUCAGUCUUGAAAAAUCAAACCUCGAUUUCCUGUUGCUGUGAAUACAGACGCAGUAUUAUUAAAAUUAGCUAUCUAUUCUUGGUUAACUUUUUUGCCUUCUGGCUAUGUGAAUCUUAAAAGACUAUCGUUAUUGGUUAGACUCAUGUAUAUACAAUUCGAAUUUUUAUAGUUUUCGUUUCUCUAAUUAUUGCAUUUCCCCAAAUAUACCAGCAUUCAAAAUAACAUGAAAUUUAUGCUGCUAAAGGCCCUAGCUUGUUUCAGUUUAACGAUUUUCUUUUGAACUAAAAAUUAUGAUUUUGAGACAAAUUCAAAACUGUCAUCCAUGGUGAAAAUAUAUCAAUAUGCCAGUCAGAAAAAUCCUAAACAGCAUAAGUUGAUAUGUUAUAUUGUAAUAUAACGAAUGUUGAUCAUUGAAUUGGUGUAUUUUCUAUCCGUAUAUGAUGACUAGAACUUUUAAUCAUAUUUCGUUGACGUCUGGAGAUGAACAUUCCCCAUCAUUUGCUUUUUCCUUACGUCAAUCGUCAGCGAUUGGUGCCGAUGUUUAAGUGGUAGUCCAUAUCUUCAGACAUCUCAAUUUCUACUGAAAGAAGCCGCCUGAUAUUAUCUUCAUGUGUUAAAUAUGACAAACAUAUCAAGAAAUUUAUCUCUAAAAGUUAUUACAUACACGCGUACUAAGCGGUCAUUGGUAUGCUAUAAAGUAUGGAAGUGUAUAAUGGAAAAAGGAUUUAUAAAAAAUUGCAAAAAAUGUAUUGCACAUAUGAAAAAAAUUAAAAAUCGUGUACCAUCUGGAUAGGGAAGCAUGCAGUUCAUUAUUUAUGUUGCAUGACUGAGUCUUAUACCAUCAUGUCAACACUAAUUUGUCUUCGUUCUAAGCCACAUUUCUAGCGUUCCUAGUUGAUGUCGUUUGUGGUAAAAAUUAACCUUAUCCUGUCUCUCUGCUAUAUUAGAACUGUUAAAUUGGGCAUGAGAAUAUUUAUAGGUCAGUCCGGCUUUUACAUACUUUUACAGAUUGGUGAAAAUACAGUAUACAGCCUAGUGAAUUAUUCUUCAACAAGAACUUAUAAUUCAGGGGGGGGGGGAUUAUAAUUUAGUAAUAUCUCGUACUUUCUUGCUAUAAAUUAAAUUAAAUUAACUGCGUAUUUUGAUUUACAUUUGAAUCGCGGGAUGGUAACCUUGGUGAAAACAUAACAAUGUAGCAGAUGAUUAAAAGGUCGAAUGAUUAAAAGAAUCACAAGCCAACUUUGUGCGUUACUAUGAAAAUCGCUCUGAGCGCGCCCUCAAUACAUGUUGGGUACGACGCAUCGUUAUGAGCAUAAUCAGCGGCAUCAUUUAUUUUUCAGCUGUAAAAUAGAGAAGAUUGAAUACCUUCCUACCUUCAGCAGCACAGUUGCACAAAUUUUGAUAUGAUACGUAUGUCAAAUCGAAAAUGCCGGUUGACAUGUUGCAAUUAAAUACCGCACUUAACUGGAAUUGGACCCAUCUUUCAUUAUCGUGCAAACUUCAAUAGUUUUUUCUUUUAAAAAAAAUGAACUAAAUCCCUUAUUUUGCCUCCCCAGCACUAAGUAGAUUAGGAGACUAAUCCAAAUUGGAGAUUUAGAAAUUAAACAAUAGCAUGUCGAUUUUAAUGGAACUCGUGUAGGCAUUAUUUUUCCGCAAAUUACUAACUGUUGAGUGAUGUGUAGUAGAGCCAGCCAACAGACAUUAUACAUUUUAGAUAAUAUUACGAAUGUCUAAAAAGGUGAGGGAGAAGAGCCCCCCUUGGCCCCACCUUGGACAUGAACAUUCUGAUUUGUGGGUUGCCUGGUUGAUUAUAACAAUAAAAUAUACAAUAAAACUGUAACCACUUUUGUUCAAGAAAACAAAACAUGUUUAUUUUUGCUUCGUAUUCACCGAACUUUGGUUUCGAUGUCAUGAAUUGACUCAUCAACCUUACUCCUUAGAAAAGGUUUUAUAGUUUCAUGACUUAAAAAUAUGAGUAUUUACUGGUAAUAAGGUUUACCGCAGUAGUAUAGUUAGUCUCAGCAUCGUGUCACCAGUAGUAGUUAGUCUCAGCAUAGUGUCACUAAAAUCACAAUCACAUUUCAUGUAUCCAAAAAUCACAUUUGGCUCUUCAUACAAGAUCUAAGAUAUACAAGUUAAAAUAUGUCUGUGAAUUAACAUAAGCUAAGAGAUAUCUUUCUGUAAAUAUUCAAACUAACAUAUUAAGCCGACUAAACAAGUAUGUUUUAUACAUCCCUAAAUUUAAACUACUUAAUUGAAUUUUCUUUAGCUUAUGUAAAUUCAUAGACAUUGAUUCAUAGCCUAUUUCUUUCAAAUGGACCUUUAGGUGACUUACAAAUUGUCUAUGCUCUGAACAGUUUCUAAUUUACCUCUAUUCGUAACUUAAUGAAUUUCGCCGGUUCAUUAUAACUGGUUAAGAGAAGUAUGCGCCAGUCCUGGUGGUCGACAAACAUCUGCCUGUAUACAAUGAAUUUGUUGACGUUCUUUUAAGGAACAGUCAUUCAUUAAUUAGGAUUGGUUCCGAAUAGAAAUUGGUUUGAUGAUCUUUUUUCAGUAAAUUAAAAGUCAACGUAUAAGCAGCGAUUUCAUUGCGAAAUGUCCAAUUUCAUUGACAAUUUGAUGUUUCUUAUUAUAAUCCCCCCGCCCGCCCCCUCCACCUUGAAUAGCUUCGUUAAAUGUGGGUGAGCUAUUCUUGUAAUAUUUACUGUAUAUACAGUAAUUUCAAUUAAGGUUGUCUCAAGUAAUUCAAUUGUACAAUCCAAGCGCGAACAGUAUAACAGGACUGGGAUUUUUAUAGGGUGAAAUGUAUUAUAAAUCAUAUUAUUUGUAUAUUUACAAGUAAUAUAGUUGUCGCAUGCGUGAUUCUUUAUAGGCUUAUAACCCAGAUAUAAGGUAUACCCAACUUGCUGUUCCCGCUUGGAAUGUACAAUCAAUUGACUGGUUUCAAACGUUGUGCUUCUCAUGUGCCGAAUACAUUAAAAACAAUAGAUAAUGAGGCAUUUCAGCUGAUUAUCUAUUGUUUUUAAUGCAUUCGGCACAUGAGAAGCGCGCCUAAAAUUGAGUUGGUUGAAUAAAAUUGCUUUUGACUUUUGUGCCGUCAUGUAAAAAUAGAAUUCUUGCCAAUCCAUUUCACACAAGGGAUAACAAUAUAAAUUACCGCACAUGAACGACAUUAUUUAGUCAAUUUCACAGCAACCUGGCUCUAUAUCAACUGCUGUUUCUAGAUAUCUGUAUGUAACCUAUAUGUUGAAAGGGCCUACAAUACUGAUUGGUUUUAAUAGUAGUGUUCCCGCCAUUCGUCACUUGUAUAAUAUUGUAUUUGUAUUGUAUGCAUGUCAUUCGUGUAGUUUUACCUGGCGAAGUUGAAUAAAUAAAUAUCAGAAAUUGCAUUGUCAGUUGCAGCCUUUAACAAUAGAUUCCAAGUGAAAAAUAUAUUUUUCUUUGAAGAAUAAUAUCCAAUCUUUCUUCCAACUUUUCUUAUAGUUGAUGGAAAUCCGCAGACCAAAGAUAGUGUGCCUGCAGACAGCGAGUUCAAAAUUCGCAGCCAAAUUAAAAACCUGUGUGGUUCGAUGUGUGUGGAUUCUCUUGUCAUCUAUCUAAACAAACCCACGAAAAGUAACGGAGGAAUGCUCAUAUGGGAUGAAAACUAUGAUGGUUUUGCCGAAGAAUCAGAGAGAUAUGAAGUUAGAGAAUUUUUUGACGAUCUGAGAAACUGCAAAGCAAAGCAAGUAACCGUUCUUGCAGAUCACAGUUUUUCUGGUCUUCUGUUGGACAAGUUCCGUUCAGCAAAGCGUCAUUCAUCACGUGGUACUCUGAAGAAUGUUGUGGUAGUGACGUCGGCCAACUCUGAUGGUUAUUCAACUCGUGGCAGUUUUACAGAGAAAUGGGUUCGAUACUCUUUGCACAGACACAAUAGACAGCGUUGUUUAAAAGAUGUUAUUCAGGUAAAUUUAACUAAGAUGUGUUUUUAAGGGGACGACGGCUAGCAAAUGCGCUUAGCGCUUUGCCCCUAAAGCCCGUUUUCCACUCACGUAUUUCGCCGCCGCUGGCGAAAAAUUUCGCCACCGAAAAAGUUCCUUUGUUGUUCUUUCGCGCGUCAACGAAAGGUCAAACAGAAGUUGAAAAUUUUAAGCAACUGUAGCAGGAGAACAAAUUUCUUCAGCGGCGAAUGAAUGUAAAAAAAUGAUUUCUUUGUCAAAAUUUUUCGCCAGCGGCGGCGAAAUAACGGAGUGGAAAGUGGGCUUAACCACUGUGUUUGCUAUUCUAGGUCAAGGGUAGGAGAUUUACUUACGUUGGGUAACUUGAAAACUGAUGUGAGUAAAGUUUGGUUGGUUUUCCCCUGUGCUUGGAGGGUUUUUCUCUGGAUCAUCCUGUUUUCCUGUCUCGCCAAAUUAAAUAACCUUAAAUGGCUUCAGUUGCCGAGCACGUUUAUCAUGAGCCUCUGGGUCGGGUAAAUUGGACAAACACACCCUGUGUACACGAUGUUAAUAACACGUUAUUAAAUAUGGUGCUUUUUGCCCCAAAGUUCAGGUGCUCCAAGACACUAUAGAUCGAGAUCACAAUAGUUGUGCUUAGGCAACUCAACACUUGUAUCAUAAUUGCAUUAGCUACAUAUUAAAAUUAUUCAUUGUUUAAUUAUGCAGGAUAUGACAUCGCUGACAACAAAUCAGUUUCAAGUGGACUUUGAUAGUUCUUCCCAAGGCCUUCUUGACAAGACUAUAUAUGGUGGAUCAUGUGAUCAAUCACUACAUGCCUCAAGAAGAGAUAUGGGCUGCCACUUUACCUCAAGAAGGUAUAGACUCUCAAACAGAGGGUGAGCAUCCGGUGAAGUAUUGACAUUCUAAGAGCCGAACAAGACAUAUAGUCUUCAUCCACGGUGGGUUUGGUAUGAUAUCUAUUGCACCUGGUAGUAAAUAUUUAGUUGAGACUGAAAGAUGUCAGAUUAAAGCAAGACUUUGUAUAAACUGUGUAUACGAAUGCUGCCAUUAUUCAUGCUGAUUUGAAAGCAAUUGAACUAUACAGUUAAAACUGCCAUUGGAUGAACCUACUGUAUAUGACUGGCCAUAGUUGGCAUUGACUUUCUAACACCAAAAUUUAGUUUGUCUUAUUAGAACACUGGUGAUGACGACAGCAAUGAAUAAUUAGUAUAAUUGUUAUAACAGCGCCGAAAUGAAUAAUUAUGUGCUGGUAGCCGUCUAAAGACCAUGUUAUACGAGGCAAUUUCUGCUGCAACUUGCAACACAAUUUCAGAUAUAGAGCCAUGUUGAUAAAAGGUAGUCACUCUGACUACACUUUUUUACCUAACAUACCUUAAAAAUUGUCGGCAGAGUAGCAGCGUGUGGCUAUAUUAACAAUUUCCUUGUGACUAAUUUUUAGAUAACAUGGGUCUUUGUCAGGCGUUGCACAAUUAAAUUACGCAUGCAAGUGGUAUGGCAGCAACGACUAUAAAUUAACAGUGAAUGAGACAAAUUUUAUUUUGAAUGCAAUGGUAUUAUGUAGAGCAGUGUGUAGAAAAGAUAUUUACUUACAGAGUGAUAAAUUGUAAAUAUAAAUGAAUUCUAUAUAAAGUAUAUACAAACCUACCUAUGAAAUAUGGAAGUUUGUAUUGAAGUUUAACAGUAUAUUUCAUAAUGUAUUAUUUCAUGACUUUCGAAUUAACCAGUAAUUGAAAGGAUGUAAGUAAUUCCAAUGUACAGUUUAAUGAAAUAAAAUAAGAUUGAAAUUGUUAAUUGUAGAGGUUUUGAUUUUAAUGUCGCACUGCAUGCACCUAACAUUAACCAUGAAAGGGAGAAGUCAGUGACGUAGUACGCUCAGACCUUCUGUGGGCCUCUUCGACAGUCGUGAUACUCAU